AGAGUCCUGCAUACUUCGUGAGCAAAUGCGUAAUUCGAUUGCCCCGAGGCGCUCUAAGAUUACAUUAGUUGUGCGUCAGCAAAGUGUUGGCAACUAAGCCGUUGGUAACAAGAGUCUGAAGAGUGUUUCCUAGUAUCGGCUCUGAAUUUCUUAUUUAAACAGCAUAGUUGUUGGCAUUGUUUUUUGGGCAACAUGCAUCCGAGGCACCGGAGUCCUGGAAAUGGGUAUAGGUCUGGUUCGAUGGGGAUGAAUUUGGCCGUGGCCUCUCGUAUCUCCCCUGAGAGUUCAGUAAGGAGUCAUGGCUUCCAUAAUUCGGAAUACCGGAGCUUCAACCGUGGUUUUGGGCGGAGCCUGAGCCAUGGUCAUCCGAAAUCCUUUCAACCCCCACCGCCUCCUCUAUCGCGCAAAUCCGACAUAUUCAUGGCAGCUGGGAGACUUGCAGCGGAAUAUUUGGUCUCUCAGGGUAUUUUGCCGCCGAGUUCACUUUCCGGGAAGUGGCAGAAUGGUAGUUUGAAGAAACAGGUGGGCGAGUUUGAGGAGUUUAGGUCUCCAGAGGGGGAGAACUUGCAGUUCCCUGGUGAGAUGAGAACGUCAGCCCUUGCCCGUCUGGGUAAUUCGGGUUUUGAUUCAGGGUCAGGUAGGAGGAGGUAUUCUGAUGAUUACAAUGCGGUUGGAAUGCGAAACCAUGUUAAAGGGAGGAGGAGAGGAGGAUCUUUCAGGGGAUAUGGCUCUGAUUGGGGCAGAGAUUAUGGAAGGAAUGGGUCAUGGUCCGAUAGACGUAGAGUGUCUCCAGAAAUGGGGGUUGAACAUGCUGCUGAUGCGGGACAUAAGGAGGAGAAGAUCGUUGCUAAGGAUAAUGCUGAUGCAGUGGAGAAAACUAGCACCAGUUCAGUCUUACCAAAGAGUAAUAAGGAUGGUGGAGAUUCAGACUCUGAAGUGAAGGAGCACCUAUCAAAAGCAAAUUCUAGUAGUCCUGUGAAAGAUCGUUUCGUUGAAGCUGGUGGAGAACUUUCCAAGGAGUCUCGUGAGUCGAGAAACUCGACAGAAAGAAAUGAGGAGAUAAAAGAUGGAUCUAAUAAUCAUGAAACAGGGAAAAAGAUAGUCGCGGAGGAGUUGCCUGCUGAAACUGCUGCUGCAGAGAUAAAAUUAGCAGGGAGCAGUAUUCCUGAUUUACGAGCACUCUGCAAAUUCGCCAACGUGCCCACCAGAAUCCGUUCAUCUAGAGGCAACAAACUUGAGCCUGUUUCGGGUGGUGUGGGGAGCAAUGAGGCUACAGGACCUUCUAGAGGAACAAGAGUCUUAGUUGAAGAUGAUACUAUUGUUGACUCCUCUAAUACUGGUUCUGCAAGCGAUUAUAAUGAAUCAAAAUGCCUUGACUCUGAGAUCUCUAAAGCAACGUCUCUUCAUCCAUCUGAGGCAUUGGAAGAAUUAGCUCCUGCUCGUGGCACUGAGUUGGCUGAACAUGUGAGUUCACAGCCUUUACCGGAGGUGAAAGAAUUAAGCCCAGCAUGUGGUUUUGACAAGGCUAAAGGUUCUAAAUCUGAAUCCUUUCCAGAUAGGUCCUUAGAUUUUGAGAAUGAUCGAGAUUCGAGUCAGGGCUUGCCAGGAUGUGAGACUUUGAAUAAUGUAGUUGAGAAAAGGGUCAAAAAACUUGCUGUUGAAGAGAGUGAUGUAAAUGAGGGACGUAAAAGAACAAGGGAGUGGCUUUCUCCCAUUGCCAAUGAGGGGGACAAAUACUUUCACCCUUCCAAGUUGAGUAAAAGUAAAGCAGAUAUUAAAGGUGAUCUCAUGAGUGCUGAAAAAGUUGUCACAGUUGCUGACCCAGAUAAUUCAGCAAGUAAUUCUCUGUUGCUAGAAGUUGAAGACACUACAUGUGCCAAUUCUCAGGAAAAGCAGCUUUUCCCAAGCUCAUUCAAGAUUUGCGACCUUAAUCUCAUGGAAACUUCUGAUGUGAAUGAGAACCAUGAUCAGGCUCCCAUUUUCAUGUAUCCACCUAUUUUGGACUUGAAAGCAGAAAAUAGUUCAGUUGAUGUCGACUUGUCAAUAAGUAAUGCAGGCACAUCUUCUGAGAAUGUAAGACGCAUGCCUAAUGGUAGAGCAAUUGACGUAAUUGACCUAGAAAAUGAUACUGCUUUAGAAGACAAGGCCUUCAACAUGCCUGAAAGGAAAACAGAGACUGCAUUCACGGGAUUAGAGGGAUUUCCUAAUCCUGCACCAAAUGCAGUUGAUAUUCCUGAUGCUCAGGAUGGCUAUGGACUCAUGAUCUCAGAGUUGCUUGGUAAUGAUUUUGCAAACUGCACUUCGGUGCAGGGUGAGAUUAAUGCUCUUGAUAACAUCGGCCUUCAUAACGGAGAGGUGCCUCUUGGAGAGGACGAUCCGAUUUAUAUGUCUCUGGGUGAAAUACCAUUCUUAAGUUUCUUCCGGAAUUGGGAGAACGCACCCCCACAGGAGGACGGAAAGCCUUUCUGAAUCUGUCCAUCAACAAAAGCAGCAUAAUGCUUAGUUCUUUGUUGUCAUUGCCGCUGCUUGGGCGGCUGCGGCAUUGACAUCUUUGUUCAUAUUCAACCCGCUACAGUUUUUUCACUUAAAUUAGGAAGCAGAAAUGUUGUCUCCCUCCUGGGGAGGACUCUUAGAGUCGUGGAAUGUAAUCUGUAUUUGUAUGAAACACACAGGAUUGCUAUGUAGGACAUUCGUUUGCUUAUUGUAUCCGAUGGAAGAAAGUUCCAGCGACUUCGCUUC